AUGGCUAGGAAGACAAAACUUAGGAGGAUAGAAUCCGUAUCAGUGCCCCACCACCAUGUAAUAGAGCGAAUAAUGGAGAGACUUCCGGUGAGGUCUCUGCUGAGUUUCAAGGCUGUGUCAAAGCAAUGGAAAUCAACUAUCGAAUCCAGGUUCUUCCAAGAAAGACAGUCGAAGCAUAGUCAGCAGUGUGGAGAUCCAGAUGUUCUCAUGGUGUCUUCAACCUCUCUAAGAACACUUGUGUUUGGUUCAUUACCAUCAUCGUCGGUUAAGAUGCCUUGGGGAAACAAAACGUACUUAGUUUGUCAGAGUAGUGUUGACGGCCUUGUUUGUCUGUACGAUUCUCACAAACCUGGUUUUGUAGUCAACCCCAUAACUGGAUGGUAUAGGCCUCUUCCUCUCUCGAGAUUACAAGAACGCAUGAUCUUAAAGGACGGUUACAUCGAGCUUGGACACUUAAACUUCAAGCCUGGGUUCGGUAAAGACGAGUUCACAGGGACGCGCAAGCCUGUUUGGCUCUAUAACUCUAUAGAUAUAGGUCUUGAAAACGCUACUACUACGUGCGAAGUUUUCGAUUUUAGCACCAACUCUUGGAGGUAUGUCGCACCCUCUGCUCCUUGUCGGAUUCUUGGAGGCUUCCCCACUCCUGUGUUUGUAGAUGGGUCGCUUCAUUGGUUCUCAGAGUGUGAAGAAACCGAGGUGUUAUCUUUCGAUCUUCACAGUGAAACUUUUAAAGUCAUCUCUAAAGCUCCAUUUGGAUCCACUGCAAGUCAUUGGGAGAUUCUUUUGUGCAACCUCAACAACCGCCUGUGCGCUUCCCAGUUGAAGCUGUCUGACCAAGUUAUAUGGUCGUUCAAUUCAUUGAACAAGACAUGGGACAAGCUCUGGUCCAUAUGUAUUGUUCCAACUUGGCGUUCCUUUGGUUUCCCAACAUGGUACGCUCUCUGGCCACUAGCAAUUUUUGUGGAGAAGAAGAAGAAGAAGAAGUUGUUGUUUUAUGAUCCUGCUCACAAUCAUACGCUGGUGUUACAUGACCCUGAGACCAAAUCAUAUGAUGUUGCUUUUUCUGAUGAAUCUAUUGGAUAUCCUGUUUGUUAUUUUCCAAGUUUAAUCUCUAUUUGA